AUGAAACGUGUCCCCGACUGCCGUCCGGCUACUGAUCAGUUUUCCUCUUGUAAAGAUCUCUUGAAGAGGGAAGCGUUGCGGAUCCUGAUGAUGAUUCUUGGAAUUACUGCCCUUAUCGGCAACUUAGCUGUUAUUAUACUGCGAUUGCUGGAAAAUGACUUUAAUGUCCAAUCCAUACUCAUAACUAAUCUUGCAGUAUCAGAUUUGUUGAUGGCGGUUUACAUGAUAAUCAUAGCAGGAGUUGAUCUUCGCUACAGGGGUGUGUACGCAAUGUUUGCAAAGGCCUGGAAAACCAGUUUCCUUUGCAGUUUCGCCGGGUCUAUCUCCACAUUAUCCAGCGAAUGCUCUGUAUUUAUGUUGAUGCUUAUGAGUUUUGACCGUGCAGUUACAAUAGCUAAUCCUUUCAGCAACAUUCGACUCAAUCGUAAAAGAUGCAUUAAGAUUAUCGGUGUAGCCUGGCUGGUCAUAAUUUUUAUCAGUUUCCUCCCGAUGUUCAACCAUCUAAGCUUCAUCAACAUACCGUAUUUCGGAAGUAACUACUAUGGACGGCAAAGUGUGUGCCUGGCUCUACCGCUAGCAAGAGACCGAUUACCAGGCUGGGAAUACGCCAUAGCAAUUUUUAUCGCCUUCAACCUCUUUGGAUUCAUCGUCAUCGCCGUGAGUUAUAUCUCAAUUUACAUCUCCGUAAAGAGAACAGCAUCGAAGGUUAAUAGAAGUCAGAGGCGCGCAGAGGAGGUUAAGAUGGCAACCAAGAUGGCAAUGAUCGUCCUAACCGAUUUCUGUUGCUGGUUUCCAAUUAUCUUGAUGGGAAUUGGAUCCGAGGUUGGUGCCUGGAAGCUCCCAGCCGACAUAUACGCAUGGUCAGCGACCUUUAUUUUGCCUAUUAACUCCUCUCUUAACCCAUAUCUUUAUACAAUCGCUUAUAAGUGUGACUUUAAGAAAAAGUCACCGAAACAGGUGGCGAUAGAAAUGCGUUCAGUCCAGCCCAGACCUUCGCCACCGUAGAACCGUUGUCGUCCAGUCUGUUGCCACCUGGCGCCAUGGUACGUUUUCACUUCUCCUCACUUUUUACCAAGCUUUUUAUGAUCUAUGUCAUCUAGUCAGCGUUUCUGACUUUUUCAAAGGUGCUAACAUGUAUCCUUCUUUUUGAUCCUGCAUCCAACAAUUCAAAUCCAACAAAUAAUUUGAAUCAAGAUUGUCGUUAACACUAUUAAAUUAUAUAUAAAUCAUCAAAGAAAGGUAAAUACAGUGUUCGAGUAAAGGACAUAAUAAUACAUCGUGUAGCAUAGCUACAAUACAAUACAAUACAAUUCAAUACACUUUAUUCGCAACUAGAAACAGUUGGACUGCACAUGCAUAAACAAAAUUUAAAAAUUGCCUUA